AUGGCAACCAGUAUGGGUCCAAACUUUUCGGGGCAUCCCGCCGGCAUGGGACACCCAGGCGUCACCGGGCAUCCCAUGGCCCCCGGCAUGCCUCAUAACCCGGGCCAGCAGGGCGCUCCUGCUGGCGGUAUGCCGCAUCAGUUCGGCGGUCCCAUGGCAGUGUCCGCUCCUGGAGGACAAGUAAACCCUGCCCUCAUGGGCGGCAUGCCGCCGGGUGCGAACCCAAAUGCUCAUGCUUUGCAGCACCUGAAUCCCGCUCAGCAGCAAAUGUUCCAGCAGCAGCAACAACAAUUGCAGCAGCAGUUCAACAGCCCACAGGCGAUGGCCGCAAUGCGGCAACAACAGCAGCUGCUCCAACAGCAACACGCGAGGCAGGCUUUGAUGGCUCAACACGCUUUCCAGCAAGCCAACAUGCAGGGCGUCAAUGGCAUGCCCAUGGGUAUGCAGUUGAAUCAGCUCAACCCUCAGCAGCUUCAUCAACUAAGGCAGUCCGGUAGACUCGGGCCUGCACAGCAUCCCCAAGCACAAGCCAUCAUGGCCCAGCAGCUCGCUCUCCAGCAGCAGCAGCAGCAGGUCCAGCAGCAGCAACAGGCUCAACAGCAACAGGUCCAGCAGCAGCAGCAGCAGCAGCAACAACAGGCCCUUCAUUCCCAGCAGAUGCAAGGUGGUCCCAACCCAGGACAGCCCAUGCCGAUGACGGCUCAGAACAUGGCGAGUAUGCAGCAGCAGCAGAACCAGCUGGCCGCGUCCCUCCAGAACCAGAUGGCAAAUCAGCAGGGCCAACAACAAGGACAGCCUCAAGGACCUCAGCCACAGCAACCUGGUCAGCAGCCUCAGCACACGCCGCAGCCGUCUCAGGCUGGUACUCCAGCGCCCACCGGACCCCAGACGCCAGCUCAAACACCUGCCGCGACCCCUGUUCAGUCGAACCAAAUGCCUACUAGCCAGAACCAACCUCAGGGUCCCCAAACUCCAGCUCAACCUCAGCCUCAACCCCAGCCGCAGCAACAGCCGCAGCCUCAGGCCCAAAAUCAACCCCAAAAUCAACCUCAAAUGGCGGCAGCGGCGGCGCAGCAAAUAGCGCUGACAAAUUCAUUGAUGCAGCAACAGCGGAGAGAGGGCAUGAAGGGACAGUGCCUGCUGAAGCUGAUGCAGUUCGCUGAGCAUUUGAGCGGCUUCCCAGGACCCAGGACGCGAGACGAUCUCUCGUACUGGACAAACUUCGUCAUCCGAUUCUUCUCCCCGAACGGCGUUUUCCGACACUCGCUACACAUUACCGACGCCGAUGACACAACUGACAAGCAAUACGAAAUCCCCUACCCCGCUAUUGCCCGAUACUUCCACACGCACUUUGGCGGAGGUGUCAAGAACAUGCAGUUGAUUAUGGACAAGGGAACCACGGAUCGGCCAUUACCUGGUGACUGUCAUUGCAUCGAAAACUCCAAAGCCAGCCUUGUCUACUGGUUCGAGACCGGGUCGCACUUGGUUUCGAGUGGUACCCUUCGAGCGCAAUUCGAUGCCGAGCAGAAGAUUGAGCUUUUCGAAUUCCUCACCACCGGACAUGAAGAGUACAUCUCUCGGAGACAGGUCAUUGAAGCCGCGAAGCCGGCUCACAUGUGGAUGAAGGAAUGGCACAAGACCAACUCGCAGGAUGGCAAGCAGUCGCCCGAGAUGUCCAAGAAGGGCAAGGGCCGACAGAUGAAGUCACCGCAAACAGCCCCCCCUGAAGUGCUGGUCGAUCUCCCAGAUUCGGCUGUCAACAGCAAGGGUGUUACGGAGGGUGUAUUUCAGUUUCUCGAGAUCGUCGAAGUCAUGGGACAGAUGAAUCCUUUAUUCGGAUUCUACCACUCCAACUCUGGCCUCGGUCCCUAUGCGGCCCUGGAGCAAUAUGUUACGACUCACAUCAACGGAGCCCCCCAGGUCAUGAACGGCCAGCCGAUGCAGCCCCAAGGCCCUAGGACCCCGAGUUUUGGACAAUUUCCCAUGGGUGCGAGCCCUGCAGCGGCUCACAUGACCCUUCCCGGGUCUCCUCACAUGGGCAGCCCUGCGCAGGGCCACAUGCAAGCACCCGGGAUGCAGAUGCAACAAAGCCAGCAGGGAACGGGCUCCAGCGGGCCUAGCGCCAACACUUCACCAGCCUCGAACAAGCGAAGACGUCCUUCAGGAGUCAAGGCGGAGGACGACGGAUCAGGAGCACCGACGCCCGGAGGCACCGGCCAGGUCAACGGGAUGCCUCGAGCCAAGCCGCCAACACCGCGAAUGCCAAAGCGAGUCAAGGGCAACCCUGCGUGA